AGUAGCAGUGGUUGUCAUAGUUAAUGUGUGACUGGCAGGUGGGCCUGAGAGUGCCGGGUGAUUGGAUUAGAGGCUGUGAGUGUUAUACACACUUCUGAACUUGGGAUUUUACAGCACUGCAGUCAGUGUGCAUAUCUGCCUUACUGUAACAGCUGACAGCUUUACAAGCACACCCACGUGAGUGCAAGGAUGUCACACACGAUGGACGCCAGUAGUUUCCCAGAGAUGAUCAGGCGGAAACGGGACGGUGGUCAGCUGAGCGCAGAGGAGAUCCACGCCUUUAUAGAAGGAGUCAAAUCACACACCAUUCAGGAAAGUCAAAUAGGUGCUAUGCUUAUGGCCAUACGGCUGAAGAACAUGGUUGCCGAGGAAACCAUGGUGUUGACGAAGGAGAUGAUGAUGUCGGGUGAAGUUUUCCACUGGCCCAAGGAAUGGGCGGGGCUUGUGGUGGAUAAACACUCGACGGGUGGGGUCGGGGACAAGGUCAGCCUUCCACUGGCCCCUGCUUUGGCUGCUUGUGGGUGCAAGGUCCCUAUGAUAAGUGGACAUGGACUGGCACACACUGGAGGCACACUGGACAAACUGGAGUCCAUCCCAGAUUUCAACAUCCACCAGUCAGUAGAACAGGUGAAGCAGAUACUGCAGGAUGUAGGCUGUUGCAUUGUGGGUCAGACAGACACACUGGUACCUGCAGAUCGUGUCCUCUACGCUCUCAGGGACAUCACUGCUACCGUGGACAGUGUCCCACUUAUCACAGCAUCAAUAAUGUCAAAGAAGGCAGCUGAAGGUCUAAAUGCACUUGUGUUAGACGUGAAGUUUGGUAAGGCUGCUCUUUACAAAGACCUGGACAGCGCUCGGAGCCUCGCCCAGUCACUGGUUACAGUGGGAAACAGUUUAGGUAUAAAAACAGGGGCGGUGUUGAGCCGGAUGGACGCUCCUAUUGGCCGAUGUGUGGGAAAUGCUGUAGAGGUAUAUGAAGCUUUGGAAUGCCUCAAAGGGCGUGGCCCUGAUGAUCUGAAGACCCUGGUUACAUCACUGGGUGGCCAGGUGCUGCAGAUGAGCGGCCGUUCAGCUACUCUGAAGGAAGGGAAGGAGGCAAUCAGUGAGGUCCUGAAGAAUGGGAAGGCCUUGCAAAAGUUCCAGGCCAUGCUGGAGGCCCAAGGGGUGACUGCGGCUAUAAGCCACUCCCUCUGCUCAGAAAAGGCUGAAUACUUUAAGUACCUAAAGCGUGCACAGUACCAGACAGAGCUUAAGGCAACGGAUGAUGGCACAGUUUUGGGAAUAGAUGGUAUGCCCAUAGCCAUGGUGUUGCACAAGUUAGGAGCAGGCCGUAGCAAAGCAGGGGAGCCGAUCAACCACAGCGUGGGAGCAGAACUCCUGGUAGACCCAGGACAACAGAUAAAGAGAGGUCAGCCCUGGAUCAGAAUCCAUCAUGAUUGUGCAACACUGAGCUCACAGCAGCACGCUGACCUGCAGGGGGCUUUGGUCACUGGCAGUGGAGAUGAGUACCAGGACAGUGCUCGAGUGGCAGAGUUCAUCCUACCAAACUGAUGUCUCUCCUGACACAGCCUGCAGGUUGUCUGAACCUGGUGCAAGCAUAGUGCACUUUUUCUGAUUAAUUGAAAAUUUUUAGAGUUCUAUACUUAUUAUACAGUGGAAUAAUUUGCAUAAGUAUUCACCCCCCCUUAAACUUUUCUACAUUAUUAAUGUUACAACCUGGAACAGAAAGUACCUAACUGGGGUUAUACUAAAGACUACAAAAAAAAAAUACUACAAAAAAAUAGCCCAUAACAUUCAAAUGUGGGAAAAAUCUAUAUAGUUUUACAUUUUUGUUUUUUACAAAUGAAAAAUGCAAAAGUUGUGAUUGCAUAAAUAUUCAUCCCAGGUGCUCAAUUCAGGUGUUAACCCCUGAUUUAGCUACCAGCAGAAGUCACGUAAUUAGUUGAAUGGAGUUUACCUGUGUGCAAUGAAAGUGUCACAUGAUCUCAAUUUGAAUACACCUGUCCUUGGAAGACCCAAGAGUAUGUUGGAGAAUGUAGCUAAACAAACAGCAUCAUGAAAACCGACAUGCUAUCAACCAACAAGUCCAGGACAAAGUUAUAGAAAAGUAUUAAUCAGGGUUAGGUUAUUUUAAAAAAGUCUUAAACUUUGAAUAUCCUGCAAAGAACACAUUUAAAUCCAUUAUUAAAACAAGGAAAGAAUACUGAACAACCUAGAAUCUGCCUAGAGGAGGCUGUCUACCACGGCAUUAGUCAGAGAACCAAUCAAGAGGCCAGGGAUAAUGCUCAACUCAUGAUGCUACCACCACCAUGCUUCACUGUGGGGAUGGUGAUAAUCCCUACUAUAGUUCCAGGUUGUAACACUACAAAAGUUCAAGGGAGGGUGGGUUUGAUAUUUACACAAGUCACUGUAGAGAGGUUGGGAGAGAGAGAAUGAAAGAAACACUGCAAAAUGAAGAUUUAAGUAUGUAUGUAUCUUCUUCAGACUUUAUAUUCUGUUAAAUUCCUUAAAUUUAUUUUACAAAAUAGUCCUAGAAGGUCUAAAAUAAUGUAUAUGAAUCAGAAAAAAAAAAAAAAAAAA